ACUACAACACGGAAGUAGGAUUGUAGACGACUUUAUUUUCCAUUGCUUAUGUGGAGAAAAUAAGACCCACUGGCUGAGCAGAAUAGGCUGCACAACUAUAAUUCGACUAAACAUGUCUAAACUACAGUUGUUGCAUGUGUUUUUAAAUGAGCGUUUAACGGCGGCUGUUGUGGAGAUUGUCGGGGCAGUUGAGAAAACGGUGGCGGAGUACCAGGAGGAGAAUGAUCGGCUACGGAGAAUGCUGCGGAUCACACAGGAGAUAAAACUAUGUAAAAUAGGCUCCCUGCCUCUCUCUCUUGCUGUCGCUGAAGAGGAGGAUCCACCUGAGCAGCAGCACUCUGAGCAAGAGUGGAAUCCCAGUCUGGUGCAGGAGGACCCAAAGCCCACACAGAUUAUAGAGGAAGAGCAGAUUCAAGGGCUGGAGCCUGAUAUCAUAGAGUUCAAAUUCACUCCUUCCUGUGUGAAAAGUGAAUGUGAUCAGGAGGACCCACUUUGGUCCUUGACUCUUCCUAAAACCCAGAUUGUGGAGCACGUAGAUAUUGACUCUAAACGAGUGGAUCCUGAACCUUUUGCCACUGUGACCCACCUGAAGGGUUUCGACAUUUCCUGUGACCCUCCAGAUAAUCAAAACAAUGCCUCUAUCCACAGCUCAGCCAUAAGCAGCAACCCAGUAGGACUUGACAGCAGCCCACCAUUGGAUCCCAGCCCAACAUUGGCUCCGACCGCACCAAUGGGGAAACCCUGCAACUACCCCUUUUAUGGCAAGACAUUCAAACAAAAAGGAAAUCUGUCCAUGCACAUGCGUAUUCACACAGGAGAGAUGCCAUUUAACUGUGGUGACUGUGGGAAGUGCUUCAUUCAGAAGGGUGACUUAAGAAGGCAUAUACUGACUCACACAGGAGAGAAACCAUUUAGCUGUAAUUUUUGCAGUAAAAGCUUCAAUCAGAAGGGGGACCUAAGGAGGCAUAUACUGACUCACACAGGAGAGAAACCGUUUAGCUGUGGCGACUGUGGGAAAAGCUUCAGUCAGAAGGGGGACCUAAGGAGGCAUAUACUGACUCACACAGGAGAGAAACCAUUUAGCUGUGAUGACUGUGGGAAAAGCUUCCGUCUCAAGGGGAACCUAACCACUCAUACACUCACUCACAAAGGAGUGAAACAACAUGGCUGUGCAGUCUGUGGUUUAAGAUUCACUCAUAAGGCUUAUCUGCUGAAGCAUGUGCAUAAAGUCCACAAAGAAAGAAAACAGGAUGAAAACUGAAAGGAAAGAUAAUUAGGACAAAGACAUCUGUCAGAAGAUGGGAAUAAAAAAAACAGGAUGUGUAUAACACUCCUAGGAAAGCAAAGCAACUCUGGAUCAUUCAUGGUCUGCGUUACAGAUAGAUAGAUGUGUGAUUCAUUUACUUUUGUAAAGCCUGUGUAAAUAAAGUUUGAUAUGAUUUGAAUGAUGAGGUAAUGAUCAAACAGUAGUACACUGUAUAAUGGGAAUCUUACAGAUCUGAGGGUUAUGCUAAUCAGAUCAAAUAUAUUUAUAAAGCUGUUUUUUCAGCAGAUGUCAAAGUGCUAUAACAGAAACCCAGCCUAAAACCCCAAACAGCAAGCAACGCAGAUGUAGAAGCACGGUGGCUAGUAUAUACCCCUUUGCAGUACAAACAACAACAAAGUGGACACCCCGACCCUUUUUCGGUAAACAGCUGAGGGAGAAAGAAAUGUAAAAACACUCAAAUUCCGACAGGUCUACGGAUGGAAGGACUGGCCACUCAUGAGAUCAAAAUGAUAUUUUUAACCAUCUUUUGAGGCUAUAUAGUGUUUGUUUGCAGUUACAUUGUUUGCAAAUAAUGGAGUAAAACAAGAUUUUAGGUUCUGAUGUUUUGUGAUCUGAUGAGGUGACUGUUGAACUGAGCUCAUGAGGCAUUUAUACGUUAUAUACACUAUAUGACCAAAAGUAUGUGGACACCUGCUUGUUGAACAUCUCAUUCCAAAAUUAUGGUCAUUAAUAUGGAGUUGGUCCCCCCUUUGCUGCUAUAACAGCCUCCACUCUUCUGGAAAGGCUUUCCACUAGAUGUUGGAACAUUGCUACGAGGACUUGCUUCCAUUCAGCCACAAGAGCAUUAGUGAGGUCGGGGACUGAUGUUGGGCGAUUAGGCCUGGCUCGCAGUCGGCACCCCAAUUCAUCCCAAAGGUGUUUGAUGAGGUUGAGGUCAGGGCUCUAUGCAGCCCAGUCAAAUUCUCCCACACCGAUCUCGACAAACCAUUUCUGUAUGGACCUCGCUUUGUGCAUGGGGGCAUUGUCAUACUGAAACAAGAAAGGGCCUUCCCUGAACUGUUGCCACGAAUUUGGAGGCACAGAAUCGUCUAGAAUGUCAUUUCAUUCUGUAACGUUAUGAUUUCCCUUCACUGGAACUAAGGGCCCUAGCCUGAACCAUGAAAAACAGCUCCAGACCAUUAUUCCUGAUCCGCCAAACUUUACAGUUGGCACUAUGCAUUGGGACAGGUAGCGUUCUCCUGGCAUCCGCCAAACCCAGAUUCGUCCGCCAGACUGCCAGAUGUGACGCGUGAAUCAUCACUCCAGAGAACACGUUUCCACUGCUCCAGAGUCCAAUGGCGGUGAGUCCAAUGAGUUUCACACCACUCCAGCUGACGCUUGGCAUUGUGCAUGGUGAUCUGUGAGUUUGUGUGGCCUACAACAACUUCGCGGCUUUGCUCCAAAAUGUUUCCACUUCUCAAUAACAGCACUUACAGUUGACCGGGAAAGCUCUAGCAGAGCAGAAAUUUUAUGAACGGACUUCAGUAAGGCCAUUCUACUGCCAAUGUCUGUCUAUGGAGAUUGCAUGGCUGUGUGCUCAAUUUUAUACACCUGUAUAGCCGACUCCACUAAUUCAAAGGGGUGUCCACAUAUGUUUGUAUAUAGUGUACCAAAGAUGAGGGACUGUUGAUAUUGCAACUACACAACUCAAAUGCCGGUUCACCAGUAUGAACUAAAUCGCAAACAGCUUUUUUUGUUCAAGCCCUCAAGAACUGUUGUCUGCUGAAGGUGAUAAUCUGUUUGCAUCUGCCAGUUUAUUGGCUGUCCAGUAUCCAGACGACCUGUCCCCAGAGCUUCAUAUACACCUAAUCUCUUUCCAGAACGUAUUGAGACCAGCAAUUAAUGAGGAUGAGUGGCUAAAUUAAAGAUGUUACAGAACGGCUGUAACUCCCUUCUGCGCAGUUUCCCUGAUGUUGCUACCGCUAUCAAGCUGUUUUUCAGUGGUGGAAAAAGUACUCAAUAGUCAUACUUGAGGAAAAGUGAAAGUCACAUAGUAAAAUACUACUUCAGUAAAAGUCUAAAAGUAUUUAAUUUUUAUUGAAGGACAGCCAGAGGCACACUCCCAACACAUUUAUAAACUAAACAUUUGUGUUUAGUGAGUCUGCCAGAUUAGAGGCAGUAGGGUUGACCAGGGAUGUUCUCUUUAUAAGUGUGAAUUGGACUAAUUUCCAGAUAAAAUGUAAGCGUAGGUGUCAUGGAAAAUGUAUGGAGUAAAAAGUACAUUAUUUUCUUUAGGAAUGUAGUGAAGUAAAAGUUGGCAAAAAAAUAGUAGUUAAGUAAAGUACAGAUAACCAAAAAAACGUAUUAAGUAAAAAAUAAUUUAAUGUACUACUUAAGUACUUUACACCACUGCUGUUUUUACCAUCCCUGUAACUGUCGCUUCUGCGGAAAGAUCGUUUUCUCAACUAAAACUCAUAAAGAACUACCUAAAAAGCAUUACGCUCUCGGCCUGAUAUGCGUUUUUGAACACCUGAGUACAUUAGUCCGAUCUCGAGAUCACACAUGCCUCUGUCGGAUACAUUUGUACUCGGUCGGGCAGUGAGGACUCGUCAUUUCUUCCCGAGACCAGGGAAUACUCAGAAUUAUCAGAUUCCAUUCAGUCAGCGCAUACAACUAAUUAAUCAAGCCAAAUAUAUACACUCCUUUCUUGAAACAUUAGUACAGCAUCUUAACAGCCGUAUUAUCUAUUAUAGACAUGUUUGCGCAGUGGCGAACCUAUAGGCCUUCAGUGUGUGACAUGUUCGUGAUUAUGAAAGGACAGCAACCGUAAUACUUGCGCACUCAUGUAGGAGAGUGCGUUUUUUAUAAAAUACAAAGGGCCAGUGGUGUAGUGGAGGGUUAACGCAAGAAUAAACCGUAUACCCACUUUUUUUCAGUGGGCAUUGCGUAUAGAUAUACUUACUUCUUAAUCCCUACUGAUGGGUAUUAAAGUCGUGUAGUGGAAGUAUACGACUUAUCAUGAAUGUAGUACAAUAAAGAAAUCAUGCACAAAGUAGCGAUUGUGUAGGCUACUUUGUGCGUGCUGCACACAGCGGAAUAUCAUCUGCAGGCAGCAAGAGUGCAGGUCUCAACUGGUUUGGUCAUUGAGCAGCUCACAGAAGAAUGAUGGUAACUGGUAUUGUAGGAUAUACCGUUUCAAUGUAUGGUAUCUACCAGUAAAUGAUAACUAAGGUAACAAUUGGUAUGCAAACCAGGUAUUGACAAAGUUUAGUCCGAAGUGUUGAUUAGUAGGCUAUUUGUGAUGAGGUGUUUGCAUCUGGGGAGUAGACAUGGAUGGUCCUGGGUGGACAGAGGCCCACCCACUGGGGAGCCAGGCCCACCCUAUCAGAUUGAUGUGGUUUAUGCAUUGUUGUGGACUUAGACCACAUUUUUGUAUUUUUUCUAUAAUAAAAAAAGGGUGCUUUUGA